UCUCACUUCAGCCAAGGUAGGUGAGGUGAGAGGUCUAGUAGAAUUCUUGCUUUUCUUUUUCAAGAUGUCUUGGACUAAAGCCUUCGUUGCCUAUUUGAUGACCAUCCUUUUCAUCCUCACCAUUUCCAUUGUGGUGGAAAGUGCAGCAGUCCGGGAUGAUGCAAAAGCAGAUGAACGCAAAGGUGUAGCAAGGAAGGUGUUCAUGCCAGAGUCAGAUGCCUCUAACUUUUUUAAGCGCCGCAGUCGACGUUCAAUACAACAUUAUCUUGAGCUCCAAGCUGAGCAGAGGGUGAGGCUGAAACACAAUGAGCAAAGGAGGGAGUACAAUGAGGAGCAAAGGAACGAGUACGAGAACUACGUAGAGGAGGAGCGUGAUGAACAAACGGAGAGAACAAGGGAGACGAGUGAACAGUUUCGAGAGUUUCACUACGAUGGCCUUUAUCCUCGUUUUCACUGGUUCCACUAAACUCGCAGAAAACCAGUUGUAACCGCAUCACCUUAACCCUGAAAGCACUCAAAGAUAUCUUCAUGUUUUUACACUUUCAUCAAUAAGAUGAGUUUCUUCUUUUUUUAUACAUAUUUUUUAAACAAAACCUUCAUUGUGCAAUAGGGGUCUCCAUGUGUAACUGUAAAGUAUAUAUUCAACUGCAGUUUUUGUGUUGACAGCUGAAUUGUAACAUUAUAAAUGGAAGCUACACGUUUUGCAUGCUUGUUUUGUUGUUUUUUUUUUACAUGUACAUAAAAGUUACACUAUGUAUCCAUUGCAUCAGCCUGUGGCACAAACAAUAAUAAAUGAACUUCUUAUAUUAAAAGUGACUUGUUUUGCCAAAAAGAU